AUGUCCACGGAGCUCCUGUGCCUCUCUGUGUGCUCAGCCGCAACCUCCACCACUGCCACGGCCAGUUCCCAGGUUCCACCUGGCAACACUCGCAGUCUGGAGACACUAAGCUCACCUCAGCUACAGAUGGCCCACGGUCAACUAACCUUCACACCCAAGAAAAGGGAAGGUGUUACCUACAGACCCAAGUCAGCGUCAGAGGGCUUCCGCAGGCACAGCACAGACGGAACUGAUAUUGCCCCGGAGUCAGGCAAGGAGCGGCACUUUCACCCCUACAGCCGCCAGUACAGCGAGGGCAGCAUGCCCCUCAGCUCGUCCCCCUUCGCCUGUGUCCAGGAGGAGGAGGAGACGUCCAGGACGAGCAACCAGCUGUCGACUGUAACAACAGCAGCAGCCGAGCGAGGCCCAUGGCUGCCCUACAGUUUGACCCCUCAGACGUCCUUAUUCAUGUUCCAGUUUCCAGAUGUAUUCACAAGUGGAGAACAGAUUCAAAGGUCUCAUUAUUCCUAUGAUCCCUAUGACAGAAUUUCCUCUAAUACCAACCAACCUGAAACUACAGAGCAGCUUUACCCUAAACCCAUCUAUUCAUACAGCAUUCUCAUCUUCAUGGCACUGAGGAGCAGCAAGACUGGCAGCUUGCCUGUCAGUGAGAUCUACAGCUUCAUGACCGAACACUUCCCGUAUUUCAAGACAGCUCCUGAUGGCUGGAAGAACUCUGUCCGCCACAAUCUGUCCCUAAACAAGUGUUUCGAGAAAGUGGACAACAAGAGCGGUCAUGCCUCCCGGAAAGGCUGUCUGUGGGCCCUGAACCCCGCCAAGGUGGAAAAGAUGCAGGAGGAGCUGCAGAAAUGGCGCCGCAAGGACCCCCUCACUAUCCGCAAGAGCAUGGCUCGGCCUGAUGAGUUAGAUCACCUUCUUGAGGACAGAGCUGACAAGACAAAAUCGUCGUCCGUCCGCUUAAACCACCGACAGACAUACCCAGCAUUGAGAAAACAAGGAUAUGACACAGUCUCAUCUCAUGGCCCACCCCAGCCAAGGGAGCAUGACCCUCAUUCUCACAGACAGCCCUUGUACAGCUACUCUCCAUCUGCUGCCAGCCAGCAGCCUCCAUACCAGCCCCACAAUUCCACUGUGUACCCCUUCCAGUGCACAGUCACACAGCAGCCUGGCACCAUCUUUCCCUCCAACAUGGGCGCUCUGGAGUCUCCCCUGCCCGCACAGACCCCGCCCAGCUACAGCGCCGCCCUGCAGGCCAAUCAAGGCGUCUCGCAGAGCAUGCAUGAGCUGCUGCUGGAGGGGGACCUAAGCACGGACAUCGACACGCUCAACCCAAGUCUCACAGACCUACAGCUGUACGGUUAUUUGUGGGAGGAGCUGAAGGACGAUAGCCUGGCUCCAGACACUGUUACGACCACACCCGUCACCCUGUCCUCCUGCCACUCCAGCCCUGGCUGGCAGAGAGUGGUGAACCUGCAAGGCCUUGGUUCAACCAGUGCCAAUGCAAGUGGCCCUGGCACUGGAGAAGGGGGCCCGGAAGGAAUGUUAGCGCUGAACAUCACAGCACAAAAUUCCACCACAUUCCCUAACAUGGAUAGCAUGUCCACAUACCAGCACACCAUUGGCGAUUCCUCCAUUUCCCUCAUGUGA